AUGAAAGAGGUGAGCACAACCGACGAGAAACGUCCAGAACCAACUGUACACAAGAAACUACAAGCAGUCGUACAGCAACCAACGAUCAACACACAAUCUCAGACUAUGGAAGAGAGACUGCCUCCAACGAUCAAUGUGCAAACACAAUCAGGUUUUGUGAAAUGUGAUUCAGAAACACAAACUUUACUCGAACCUUACACAAUACCGAUUAUAAAAGAUAUCAGUGUUGGACAUGAAUCACAUCACGUACAAACAGUAAACAAGAAACUCCAAGCAAUGGUAUCUCUUCCGUCAGAAGAUGUGUGUUUGAAAACAGAAGAGCUAACGGUACAUACUAUCAAACCUAUCACUCAGGCAGUUUGGCGGGCUUCGGAAGUCGAACACAAGCAAAUACAAGCGGAAUUUCUGAAAACAGCUGUAAAAACAUAUGAUAUAAAAACACAAUCACGUACAGUAGCCAGUAAACAAUCCACACAAACUAUUCUAGAGGAACGACCACUAAUCCAUACAGAAGAUGUUGGUGUGAUUCAUAGUGAGAAAUCACCAUCGCUGGUAAACAACAAAUUACAAGUAACCUUGCGUCAAUCAGUUGACAACACUAGCAUUCAAACUGACCCGAUGAUUCAGUUUCCUGUUGUCGUGCUCAAAACCACGUUGGAUGUUGUUUGCAAACAAUAA